UCUCUGUAAAUAACAUAAUUUUUGCGUUAAAAAAUAAAAAUUAAUAUGUUGAAUUUAGAAUUAAGGAAGCAAAAUGCCUAAUAUUAUUAUUAACUAUAAAGAAUUUAGUAGCUUUCGAUAUUAAUAAUUAUACACUCAGCAGCCGUAUUGUACAAAUACAAAUACAGCGGCCUAGGUUUAAUAUUUAUUCAUAAUUGAUUAAUUUUAGGUACCUACCUAUGUGACCUACGUAUUCUAGUUCAAAAUGCACGACGUAUAUGAAGUUGUUAAACUGUUGAAGUAUUCUGUACAAAUCGAAAGCAUCACUGCUUAUGAUAAUUAUUUGCUGGUUGGUAAUCGUCUGGGUCACAUAUUUUUGUACACCACCAGUCCUAGAGUACAAUUAGUUGACUGUAAUAAAACAUUUAGCAAAAGACCUAUACUACAAUUGACUGCAAUAUCAGAAUGUCAAAUAGUUAUUUGUCUAUCAGAUGAAAGAGUUAGUGUGCUUGAUGUAUCUCGAGAUAAAGUAAUACAUUUGAAAACAACUGGCUUACAAAAAACUAAAGGUGCUAGUUCUUUUACUAUAAAUGUGAAGACUCCCGAUGGAUUACAAAGUAAUCCCAGCAACACAGUAGUUCGCCUUUGUGUAGCUGUUAAGAGACAAUUGCAAGUUUACUAUUGGAAAGGAAAAGAUUUUUUGGAACAUUCUGAAAAUAUUGACUUACCAGAUAUACCACGUACACUAGUCUGGUGUGAUCAAACAGUAGUUAUUGGCUGUAAAAAUGAAUAUUAUUUAUUUGAUGUUACUAUGGAACAAGUAAAACCUUUGUUCUUAACUGGGAAAAAUCAAGAGCCCAUAAUAACCAAAAUAUCUGACACAAUGUUUGGUGUUGUCAAAGAUUCCCAUUUUAUUGUUAUGAGUACAAUGGAUGAUGUAGCUGAACAGCAAUUUAUUAAAUGGAUAGACACACCAUCUAUUAUUUUAUAUGAUGAACCUUACUUAAUCGCAAGUAUAAGUGAUAAGUUGUAUGUACAAACUAUAGAAUCAGUUGAAAGUUCAGUGUCUCGUCAAGUAAUAUCAGUUACUUCUAAAACAUCGAAUAUGUUUUCUUGUCAAAAUGGUUUAAUUUAUGUUUCGUCUACGUUGGAUGUCUGCUGUUUAAAAGCAGUUCCAUUUGCAAAACAAAUCAAACGACUUCUUGAAGACAAAGAUUUCCAACUGGCUUUAAAAUUGGCUAACAUAUCUGAUGAAUCUGUUGAUGAUAAAGAAAAAAAUGUAUCACAAAUUAGAACCUUAUAUGCCAAUGAUUUAUUUGAAAAAAAGAAAUAUCAAGAAUCCAUGAGAGAAUUUUUGAAGUUAAAUACAGAUCCUUAUGAUGUUAUCAGAUUAUUUCCAAAUUUAUUACCUCAAAGUGAUUCAGACUAUGGAGAGGAAAUUCUUGAAAAAGAAAUGGAAAUAAAAAUUGUUGCAUUGAUUGAAUAUUUAACUGAAGUGCGAUUCAAACUUUUGAAAGAACCCAAUGUUAAAAAUCAAUCAGAUAUUCUUGAAAUAAAUAGUAAUCAUCAAGAACAGUUACUUCAGAUAAUAGACACUACGCUUCUGAAAUGUUAUUUACAAACUAAUGAUGCUCUGAUAGCACCUCUUUUAAGACUUAAUCAUUGUCAUUUAUUAGAAACGGAAACAACAUUAAAAAAGUAUAAGAAAUACAGUGAAUUAAUAAUUUUGUAUCAGACCAAAGGAUUACAUAGUAAGGCAUUAGAACUCCUUCAAAAGCAGUCAGAUGAUUCUGAUUCUAAUCUCAAAGGACCCGAAAGAACUAUUCAAUAUCUACAAAAUAUUGGUUCAAAUAAUAUUGAUAUCAUUCUACAGUUUUCUGAUUGGGUGUUAAAUAAGUAUCCAGAAGAAGGGCUUACUAUAUUUACAGAAGAUGUUGCUGAAGUAGAACAUUUACCUAGACCUAAAGUAUUGGAUUUUUUAAUUAGAAAUCACAAAAAUCUUAUUAUACCUUAUCUGGAACAUGUAAUACACGUUUGGAAUGAUACCAAUGCUAUAUGUCAUAAUGCUUUAAUACAUCAAUAUAGAGAAAAGCUUCAAAAAUACAACACCAUGUCAAUGCAAGCUGAUGAACAAACAGCACAAAACACUAAAACAAAACUUUUGGAAUUUUUAGAACAAUCAAAGUGUUAUACUCCGGAAACAGUAUUGGUACAUUUUCCUUUGGAUGGAUUUUUUGAAGAACGUGCUAUAGUAUUGGGUAAACUUGGUCGCCAUGAACAAGUCUUGUCUAUGUAUGUCACUGUGUUGGAUGAUGUUAACCGAGCAAUUGAGUACUGUGAUAAAGUUUAUAAAUCAAAAAAUGAAGACUGCGAUCAAAUUUACGUAAUACUGUUGAGAUUACUUAUUGACCCUCCAGAUAGUUGGUUAGCUGGACUAGGAGGCGUAUCAAAGCCAGCACCCAAUUUAGAAAAAGUUGUUGAAAUUUUAAAUAAAAAUGCUGCUCAAAUCGCUACUCCAGAUGUAUUAAAAGUGUUACCAGAUGAAAUACCUAUUAAUCGUAUUAAUAAUUUUCUAGUAAUUGCACUAGACAAAGCAAUCAGUGAUAGAAGGCUUUAUCAAGUGAAUCGUGGACUACUUUAUGCUAAGCUUUUAAAAAUUCAACAACAGAGAAUAUUUUACGAGUCGCAAAAUAUUACUUUGACAGAAUUCAAUAUAUGUAGAGUAUGUAAAAAACGAUUUGGAAAUCAAAGUGCGUUUGUAAGAUGCCCAAAUGGUGAAAUUGUCCACUAUUCAUGUCAUAAUCACAAGGCAGAUCAAUAAGAAAAUAAGUAAUAACUAAACUUAUUUAAAAUAUCAGAGUUAAUUUACAUAGCUUAAAACUGCCAUGAA